UUCAUCCGAUUCCAAAUCUUGUCCAGUAAACAGUCGCACACCUGCGAAACGUCAUUAUCUGUCUUUCUGUCUCCACACCUUCGAAUGCUUGACCCUCACCUUCAAGCCUCUUUCUUCCUCUUUUAAAUGCUUGCCUUUGCAAUUUCCCUUAUUAAACAUCAUAUCAUCUCUCCACGCACCGGUUAGACUUGACUCUUCUUGCUCAGUCGACUUUCAUUUCUUCGCAUUUCCGAUCCAAAGCAACAGUAAUAAAACACAGUCUCCGGCAAUUUUUAAUAGUAGGUUAGUGUGUCGUGUUUUUUUCGUUUACGUGCCCAUCGGCUAUUGUGAGAUUACUAUCAUACAACCGGCGGAUUCCUGAAGAAAUUAAGUACAUAUCAAGACCUGCUAAAAGACUGAUGUGGUGAAAAAUGCACUGUCACAACUGCUAAUCCGUUCGUUUUAUCUGUCGACGAUAAUUGAAUUGUUGUGAUUCGGUCAAUGUCGAUGUUCAAAAUGAAAACGACAAUUUGAAAUAGAAAUUUGUGUUUUCGUUUUCGUCUAAAAUGCGCGAAUGUGCAGAUCGUAUAAGAAGAGAAAGAACUGCCCCAUUGAGUCCUCGAACCGCUCUGAGGAGAAUUUUAGUCCUUUCUGAAGGACGUCAGUUCCGUGAAGCCGCUUCCGUUAUAGCCAGACUGGGACCAAAUGCUCUUUGCGUUCUUGCCAACGAACUACCCCUAGAACUUCUUAUCGAAGGACUACCUCAUUCAGCACAACUUUUAGAAACUUUUUUUAAAAAAUUAGUGGCAGCCGGUCAAAGAGGAAUUUUCAACGCCGAACCAGUGUUGUGGCAACUAAUCCGCUUGCUUUCUUCGCAACAGGAAUUCGGAUUGAAAUUCCAAAUCUCCAGGGUUGCUCAAAAUCUUAUCGAAUUUCAACCCGAUUUAUAUAGUUUAAUUGCAACAAGAAAGAAAACUUUCGACCAAACGGUACAAGGUUUGGGAUGUCAUGGUUUGACUACAAGCGCCUCAGGUUUGACACCUCUCCAUUUGGCAUUAAAAACAGAACUUCAAUUAUACAUAGAAACAUAUAAAUCCGCCCUGCACAGGCUGGAAGAGCUGGGGGUGACUGCAAACAAUAUCAAGAAGCCUGUUGAUGCUUCACACCACCGACUGUUAUCACUUAAUUUUGAAGAAGUUGAACAAAGACUGAUAGAUAACAAAACUCUACUGACGAUAUUAGACAAACCAGCCCUGAAACAACUGACUUCGCUUAUAAAGACGUUAUCAGCACGGGUUGAAAAUGACAAGGAGGCUUUGUUCUGCAUAUCACAAAUCAAAAGACUUCAAACCAUCGAUGAAGACAAACCGGUAGCAUCAAUUCUAAUGUCUUUCUCUAGAGGAUGCGAGUCUUUUCUAGAUUUGGUGAAACUCGGUGAAAGUCCGUGCAGUAGCGACGGAUAUCAUUCAGAAUCCGAACAAGAAAACGAAGAUGGAGAAACUGCGAUCUCAAAGUAUGGCAAAUUAUAUUACCAGAGCAGGCCCAGGGCUUUGGAAGCUUUGGAUUCACUGCCAGAUUUACAAUACGCCACUCAACUGAAAGCUAAAAUUCUAUUUUCUGUUGUAGUGCUUUCAUUUAGAUCCUGUAGGAAUCUAAGGGACAUGAAGUUACGAGAAGCUCUUUGCAAUUUGCAUGUCACUUCCCAGACUAUAGCUGCGCGCCGACUACGCAGUGACAUCAUGAAGUGUUUUUCAUCAACUUUCAAUUCUUUUCCCCUCGAUGAUAUUGAACGUCAAGUUCAUGGUCUCGUUUCGGAAACAUUAAAGGAAUACAGAUGUUUGGAGUCGUGUUUGCCGUUAAAGAGGUUUAUUGGUAACGUAACCAGAACUUGUUGGUAUUUGGUAAAUCAAGAGCCUUUUUUUGAGUUAGACGCCGACUUUCAAGCACCGGUACAGUUUCAUCCAGAAAGACACCAAAGGCAUCAUUCAUCUGACAGAAAAUCUAACGUGGUUAGAUUCUAUCUAUGGCCAGGAUUAAUUCGGGAAUCAAGAUAUGUUUACAAAGGUGUAGUCAUCACCAACUAAUAUCUAAUCACAAAAUAUUUAUUUGUUCUUGUACCUAUACCUACUUAUUUUUAUAUAGAUAUAUUUUUAUGAUG